AACAAAAACAAUAGAGGAAAAUCACCCCCCUGGAUCUUAGCCUUGGCCUUUUUCAAGCAAAGAGAAGAGGAGCUGCCAGGCUUUGCAUGUCAAGUGGCCACUCGGCUGUUUGACAGCUUCUGGGUUUCAACCCCGUUGGGAUUGAGGCAGCUCAAGCAACCACGAGCGAUGAGUCCUGUCGUCUGCUGACGCUGCUCCAGCACCAUGGCAGACAGGCUGUGAUAUGACAAGAGGAUCCAUCCUAGGGACGCAGCGUUGGGAUCCAUAAUUGGCUUCCUGGGAAACUACAGCUGGUGGAGAGGAUGUAAAAAGAGGCGUGCAUGUGCCAGGAUAUUGCUACGGCCUUGCCAAGCUGGUGGAUCCACUUGGAGGAGAGUUUUGCCGCUGAUCUUGGUUUUUUUUCCCGGUUUGGUAAUGUUGGCUUUGGGGAAAAUUUCUGCUGACUCACCCACCCCUGGACACCUUUUGCAGAGCGUGGCUGGCCAGUGAAGAGGUCCAACGGCGCCUUACCCCGACUGCAGGUCCCCUCCGGUGGCCCUUGGCACCAUCUUGCACCCAACCCCAUCCCGUGGGGCAGCUGCAGUCCCCCGCCCCGGGGAGUCUCCCACAGUGACCCCCGCACCCGGGGCGGGGGUGAGCGUGCCCAAAGCUUCCAGCGCGGCCGGCGCCCGGCAAGAUUUUACCCUGUCUGCCGCCGGGGCCCCGGUGCCGCCCCCCGCCAGCCCUGCCGCCCCGCUCACCCGCCCCAGGCCGCGCAGGAUGGGGGCGGUGCUGGUGCGGCGCGGGGGCUGCCUGCUGCUCUGGCUGGCCCUGCUGCUGGGCUGCUGGGCCGAGCUGGGCAGCGGGCUGGAGUUCCCGGGUGCGGAGGGCCAGUGGACCCGCUUCCCCAAGUGGAACGCCUGCUGCGAGAGCGAAAUGAGCUUCAACAUGAAGACGCGCAGCUCCAGCGGGCUGGUGCUCUACUUCGACGACGAGGGUUUCUGUGACUUCCUGGAGCUCAUCCUCACCCAGGGAGGGCGGCUACAGCUCAGCUUCUCCAUCUUCUGCGCCGAGCCCGCCACCCUGCUCUCGGACACGGCGGUCAACGACAAUCUCUGGCACGCCGUUGUCAUCCGCCGCCACUUCAAGAACACAACGCUGAUCAUUGACCGAACGGAGGCCAAGUGGGUGGAGGUGAAGUCCAAACGGCGGGACAUGACUGUCUUCAGCGGGCUCUUCCUAGGAGGGCUCCCGCCGGAGCUGCGGUCGGCGACGCUAAAGCUGACGCUCUCCUCCGUCAAGGACCGGGAGCCCUUCAAGGGCUGGAUAACAGACGUGCGGGUGAACUACACGCAGGCGUCGCCGCUGGAGAGCCAGGAGGUGCGGCUGGAUGACGAGCAGAGCCGGCUGUGCGCCAGGGACGACGUCUGCCUCAACGGGGGCGUCUGCUCGGUGCUCAACGACCAGGCCGUCUGCGACUGCUCCCAAACGGGCUUCCGAGGGAAGGACUGCAGUGAAGAAGACAACUAUGUGGAAGGUCUGGCGCACCUGAUGAUGGGCGACCAAGGAAAAGAAGAAUAUAUUGCCACAUUCAAGGGAUCAGAGUACUUCUGCUAUGAUUUAUCUCAGAACCCCAUACAGAGCAGCAGUGAUGAAAUAACUCUGUCCUUUAAAACGCUGCAGAGGAACGGACUGAUGCUUCACACAGGGAAAUCGGCCGAUUAUGUCAAUCUUGCACUGAAAAAUGGAGCUGUCUCCUUGGUCAUUAAUUUGGGCUCAGGGGCCUUUGAAGCGCUGGUGGAACCUGUGAAUGGGAAAUUUAAUGACAAUGCCUGGCAUGAUGUGAAAGUAACCAGGAAUCUGCGUCAGGUGACAAUAUCAGUGGAUGGAAUUCUGACCACAACGGGAUACACGCAAGAAGACUACACCAUGCUGGGCUCUGAUGACUUUUUCUAUGUUGGAGGCAGUCCUAGCACAGCAGACCUCCCAGGGUCACCAGUCAGUAACAACUUUAUGGGCUGUCUCAAAGAGGUCGUAUAUAAAAAUAACGAUGUCAGGUUGGAGCUGUCUCGACUUGCCAAGCAAGGGGAUCCUAAAAUGAAGAUUCAUGGGGUUGUAGCAUUUAAAUGUGAGAAUGUUGCAACCUUAGAUCCAAUCACAUUUGAAACACCAGAGUCUUUCAUCUCUCUGCCAAAGUGGAAUGCCAAGAAAACAGGCUCAAUAUCAUUUGACUUUCGUACAACUGAGCCAAAUGGCCUCAUUCUUUUCAGUCAUGGGAAACCAAGGCACCAAAAAGAUGCCAAACAUCCACAGAUGGUGAAGGUUGAUUUUUUUGCCAUUGAGAUGCUUGAUGGACACCUCUACCUACUGUUAGACAUGGGAUCAGGUACUAUAAAAAUAAAAGCCUUGCAAAAGAAGGUGAAUGAUGGUGAAUGGUACCAUGUGGAUUUUCAGCGGGAUGGGCGGUCAGGGACAAUAUCUGUGAACACCUUACGUACUCCAUACACUGCACCAGGGGAAAGUGAAAUCCUUGACUUAGAUGAUGACUUGUAUCUUGGAGGCUUACCAGAAAAUAAAGCAGGCCUGGUCUUCCCAACAGAAGUGUGGACAGCACUCCUCAAUUAUGGAUACGUUGGCUGCAUUCGAGAUUUAUUUAUUGAUGGUCAAAGCAAAGAUAUUCGACAGAUGGCUGAAAUUCAAAGCACAGCUGGAGUGAAGCCCUCAUGCUCAAGAGAAACUGCAAAGCCUUGCCUUAGCAACCCCUGUAAAAACAAUGGUGUGUGCAGGGAUGGGUGGAACAGAUAUGUGUGUGAUUGCUCUGGCACGGGGUACCUUGGCAGAUCGUGUGAAAGAGAGGCAACAAUUUUAAGCUAUGAUGGAAGUAUGUUCAUGAAAAUCCAGCUUCCUGUUGUGAUGCACACAGAGGCCGAAGAUGUUUCUUUAAGGUUCAGGUCCCAGCGAGCUUAUGGCAUUUUAAUGGCAACGACUUCCAGGGAAUCUGCAGAUACCCUUCGGUUAGAGCUGGAUGCAGGACGAGUUAAGCUAACGGUCAACCUAGACUGUAUCAGGAUUAACUGUAAUUCCAGCAAAGGCCCAGAAACCCUUUUUGCUGGCUAUAACCUCAAUGAUAAUGAGUGGCACACAGUGCGCGUGGUGCGGCGAGGAAAAGGUUUAAAGUUAAUGGUGGAUGACCAGCAGGCUGUGACAGGUCAAAUGGCUGGCGAUCACACACGGCUGGAAUUCCACAACAUAGAAACAGGAAUAAUAACAGAACGGCGCUACCUGUCUUCUGUGCCUUCUAAUUUUAUUGGGCAUCUGCAGAGUCUCGCAUUUAAUGGCAUGGCAUACAUUGACUUGUGUAAAAAUGGAGACAUCGAUUAUUGUGAGCUAAAUGCAAGAUUCGGGUUCAGGAACAUCAUAGCAGACCCUGUAACCUUUAAAACAAAAGCAAGUUAUGUUGCACUGGCCACGCUACAAGCGUACACAUCUAUGCACCUUUUUUUCCAGUUCAAAACCACCUCCCUGGAUGGAUUGAUACUUUUUAACAGUGGCGAUGGAAAUGAUUUCAUUGUGGUUGAAUUAGUGAAAGGGUAUUUACACUAUGUGUUUGACUUGGGAAACGGUGCCAAUCUCAUCAAGGGAAGUUCUAAUAAACCUCUGAAUGACAACCAGUGGCAUAAUGUCAUGAUAUCAAGGGAUACCAACAACCUGCACACUGUAAAGAUUGACACUAAAAUCACAACACAGAGCACAGCAGGAGCCAGAAAUCUAGAUCUAAAAAGUGAUUUGUAUAUUGGAGGAGUGGCCAAAGAAAUGUUUAAAUCCUUGCCCAAGCUGGUGCAUGCAAAGGAGGGGUUCCAAGGCUGCCUUGCAUCAGUUGACUUGAACGGACGGCUCCCUGAUCUCAUCUCAGAUGCUCUCUUCUGCAAUGGGCAAAUAGAAAGAGGAUGUGAAGGCCCCAGCACAACGUGCCAAGAGGAUUCCUGUGCAAACCAGGGCGUGUGCCUUCAGCAGUGGGAUGGGUUCAGCUGUGACUGCAGCAUGACCUCCUUUAGUGGACCAUUAUGCAAUGACCCGGGGACAACGUAUAUCUUUAGCAAAGGUGGUGGACAGAUCACUUACACGUGGCCUCCCAACGACCGGCCGAGCACUCGAGCAGACAGACUGGCAAUAGGGUUUAGCACUGUGCAAAAAGAGGCUGUGCUGGUGCGAGUGGACAGUUCUACUGGCCUUGGAGAUUAUUUAGAGCUGCAUAUUCACCAGGGAAAAAUUGGAGUUAAGUUUAAUGUUGGGACGGACGACAUCGCCAUCGAGGAGAUGAACGCCAUCAUUAACGAUGGGAAGUACCACGUGGUGCGCUUCACAAGGAGCGGUGGCAAUGCCACCCUGCAGGUGGACAACUGGCCCGUCAUCGAGCGAUACCCAGCAGGAAACAAUGAUAACGAGCGCCUGGCGAUUGCUAGACAGCGAAUUCCAUAUCGACUUGGUCGAGUAGUUGAUGAAUGGCUACUCGACAAAGGGCGUCAGCUCACAAUCUUCAAUAGCCAAGCAACCAUAAAAAUUGGAGGCAAGGAACGUGGCCACCCUUUCCAAGGCCAGCUCUCUGGUCUUUACUACAAUGGCUUGAAAGUUCUGAAUAUGGCAGCAGAAAAUGAUGCCAACAUCAUGAUAGAAGGGAAUGUGAGACUUGUUGGUGAAGUGCCUUCCUCUAUGACAACCGAGUCCACAGCCACCGCCAUGCAGUCGGAGAUGUCCACGUCAGUCAUGGAAACCACCACCACCUUGGCCACCAGCACCGCCAGAAGAGGAAAGGCUCCGACCAAAGAACCCAUUGGUCAGACCACAGAUGACAUCCUGGUGGCCUCGGCUGAAUGUCCUAGCGAUGAUGAGGACAUCGAUCCCUGUGAGCCGAGCUCAGGUGGGUUAGCAAACCCCACCAGGGCAGGAGGAGGACGGGAGUACCCCGGCUCGUCCGAGGUGAUCCGUGAAUCCAGCAGCACGACGGGCAUGGUGGUUGGGAUCGUGGCGGCGGCGGCGCUGUGCAUCCUCAUCCUCCUGUAUGCCAUGUACAAGUACAGGAAUCGAGACGAAGGCUCCUACCACGUGGAUGAGAGUCGAAACUACAUCAGUAACUCAGCACAAUCCAACGGGGCUGUGAUCAAGGAGAAACAGCCCAACAGCGCUAAAAGUUCCAACAAAAACAAGAAAAAUAAGGAUAAGGAGUACUAUGUCUGAUCUCAACAUCUAAAAGAACGCUUGUAUAGAAAUAGUCUUCAUUUUAUCUGAGACAUAAUACAAACUUAUUUACUUUACUUUUUAUGAAGCACAUUCAAAAACAAACAAACAGAAAAGACAGGGAAUGCAAUCAGAAAGGAAAGACUGUUUUUAAAAACGAGCAUUUCAUGCUCUUGUUUUUCAGAAACAGGAGCUGAUAAAUUCCCUAACAUCCACAGUGUUUUCAUUUACUCUGCCUGUCUUUAUGUUGCUGGAACGUUUCUGAAAGACAAUGAUGACACCACGCACUCAUAAAGCAAGGAGUAUUACUACAACAUCGAGGCACAAUAUGAAAAAAUAAUCAAAUUUAAAAAAAACAAAACAGGAAAAAAAAAAAGAAAAAAGAAGCUACCUAUGAUUCUGGAUUUAGCCAAAGUGCUAGCGCUUUCUUGAGAAGUAAGUUAGUCUUAUUGUCAGAGAAGACUGUCAUUAAAUGUGGUGACUCAACAAGCAAACAUAAAGAGUUUGCCAUCUGGUGCAGUGAAGCAGUGAUUGGAAACUUGCAUUUUGAAACAAAGUGCUGGCUUUUCUGAAGACUUAUGUAGAAAUACUUUCAAAAAGCCCCUUUCUGGUUGUGAGGAAAAUAGUAUGGAGGCCUUAUUUUCAAAAACAAAAACAAAAAUCUGGAAUAUAAGGCACAUUUCCACAAAAAUAUUAAAAAAAAAAAGAAAAAAAAAGAAAAAACAAGAGGGCAUAGAUGCAAUCAUUGGGAAAUUUUCAUGCACGCUUAAUAUGUUAUUACAUAUGUUUAUAUAAAAACACAUCUAUAUGUGCUUUCUGGACUGUGAUAAGUGAUGUUUUAUAGCCUGUUGUAUAGAAAAUGCAAACUAUAUCUGCUCUUCAGCCAUUUUUGGUAAACUCAAUGUUAUAAGUGUUGCUAGGUAUAGAGAGUUUUAUGACAUCUGGAGCAACAGACAUUCUUCAAUUUUUUUUGCAGCCAUUAUAAAUUGUCCCAGAUUUUUCCCCUUUUUUUUUUUUUAUUUUUUUAUUUUUAAUUUACAGUGUAGUGGUUAUACAAAGGGGGAUGUGUAUGAAUGUAUAUAAGAGUCAGCUAAUUUUUUUCUUACCUGUACAGCUCUAUUAUGUUGCAAUUAAGUUUCAGUAGUUUGUAUGAAAGAAGUGGACUAGAAAGCAAAAAUAUAUCUCUACUGUAAUUUGUCUUCUCCCUCCUAUCCCCAUCUCUUGCUCCUGAUAUGCAUCAAUGAAUUUGAUCAGAAUGGCCAAUUUUCCUAGAAAUAUACAUUCAUUAAUUAGCUAAAUAUUUAGUGACUUAAACUGGCCUUUGGCUUCCAGUCAAAGCUUCACUAUUGGAGAGCAUGGUUUGCCUUACAGAAACCUUGUUCUUAGAAAUUAUGAGAAUGAUGAGUUUCUUGAGAAUCUUAGGAAGUAUCAUAUAGUGUUUAUCUGGCAUUCAUAUGAAGAACAGCUACUACAGCACUGGGUGGUAAAAGAUCUAAAAAUACCCAUUGUAAUUAUCCAGGCUGAUUCUAUUGCAGAAUUUAUCCCUUUCUCCAAAAAGGAAAUACUCUUGAGGUGCACGAUAGUAUUUUUCAAUGGUGGGCAUUUUGACAUAUGAAAAAGUAUUUUUAGCUAAGUUGAUUGUGUAGUAUUGCAAGACAUCAUAACCAGACAGAUAUAAGUUCAUUAUGUUUUAAAGUGACACAGCUUAUCUUGCAUAUAUAAAACAUUAAUGCAUUUUAGUUAAACACAUGAAAUGUAAUGCUGUAAUUUACACAUUAAGUUUGGAAAUUUUUUUCUAGUAAUAUUUCAUUAGUUUCACAGCAAUAAAUCAUAGCAUAACAUUUUAUUUACACUGAAGUUCAAAGGGAAUGCAUUAGACAGAAAGAAGGUAGUUCAAUAGAAAUCAACCAAAUCAUGAGAAGGCCUCCUGGGAGGGAUACAGACAUUCACACUUUACAGACAAGAAGGAGAAAUUUAAAAUUAGCUUUAAACAGCAGAAACAAAACAUUUUGUUGUGUGUUACUCACUGUAGCUGAUGAAAUAAAGUUGGGAACUGGUACAGCUAUCUAUCUGGGAGUCAGAGCACUUUAAAAAUACAUGUAGCUGACAUGGAAACACCUCUCUCGAAGUUUGCCAACCACAUCAAGGCGUGACGUUGCAUUUGUGAAACGACUUUUUAUUUUCAUUAGCAUUUACGCAAAAAUGAAGGAAAAAAAAUCAAAAAAACCACAAAAUCCAUCUGAUGUUCAUUUCUUAGAUUGUUGUUCACCUGUGGCACUCAUCAUUUCUCCCACCUUUACAAGACAGCUGUACUCAGGGAAUGGCAGGGGCAAGGGUGACUGGAGGUCAUUGCUGGAAGCAAGAGACUUCAGCUGGAGAGGGGAAAGAAGUUGAAAGCCAGGUGGUGUUCAGAUUUCAGUGCUUGAAGGUACUAGAAGAACAAGAAUAAUCUGUUGACAGGAGACUGGACAUGACAGAAUAUGAUUUGGGGUGAGAUUAAAUGGUCUUUUCUGCUUGGUAUUGAUUGCAUUAAUGAAAUAGCCUUGUCAGGCCAACUUCCAGGCAGUUUGGUAGAUCAAUCUUUAACUAAAUCCGUACAGCAAGGAAAAAAAAAAAAGAUCUCCUACUAUUAAAAUAAGAAAACACAAUUUUAACACUGUUUCUGAAGGUUCUCCUUUUUCCUCUUUAAUUUCAUAAUUUAACAAACAAAAAAAUUAUGGAUGUAUCAGAAAUGCCAGCAAGUGGAUUUAAAUUUUUUUUCAUUUAAAAGCAGCAGCAACAACAAACAGACAUAAACCAACUACCUAACAUAAAAUUGGAUCCUUUCUCUAUAAUAACCUAAUUUGUUUGACUGAGAUGGCUUCAUUUCUAUGACUGUAUUGUGUUGCCUUUUUUAACAAAACACUAAAUAACGUGUGAAACUUUCAACCCUAAGACAUCAAAGAGAGGCCCAAUGCCCCUAACCUUAUAGUGCUUUCUGUGAUAGAUAUUUACAAUUUUUUUAUUUGUUGCAAGGCCAAUUUAUUCAUUAUUGGAAAUGCUAAGCAAGUGGAAUUUACUGUUUUGUUAAUAAAAAUGUUUCUUAAUACAAA